UCUCUCUUUAACGUGAAAUGUCAAGUACUAUUGCAGGAAUUUUAAAAACAUUGCAGUUUUCAUAAAUAAAAAUCGUAAUAAUUUAAGGAAAUUAUAAAAUAAAUUGAAAGAAAUAUAAUGAUACUGCAGCGUCUACAGAUAUUGCGCAAUGCAAAUGUAUUAAAACAAUUAAAUGCACAAAAUAAAUUUACAUCAUCCGGCUUGGGAGCAGUGUCAAUUACUAGAGAUUUACAUGUGAGCAGUGAUAGAAAAUGGCAAAAGACUGGAAAUCAACAACUGCCCCUAAUGGCUUUAACUAUGCCCAGUAUGGCGGUAAGAUAUGCCAGCACAGAGGGAGUCGCCAAGACUGUGGUAGAUUUAAGUGAUAUCCCAGCACCACCAGUAGCUCCAGAGUCAGUGAGUGAAGUAGCUAGUCAAGCCUUAAAUGCUUUAGGUGAACCUACAUUUGCUUCCAUAGGCUUGGGUGGUUGGUCACCAGUAGGAUUGGUGGAAACUUGUAUGGAAUUCCUGCAUGUGACUUGUGAUUUACCAUGGUGGGGUGCUAUUGCUAUCGGUACAGCGGUAGUACGUACCUUAAUUUUUCCCUUGGUUAUUAUGGCUCAACGUAAUGCUGCCAAAAUGAAUAAUCAUAUGCCUCAAAUGCAAGUUUUACAAAUGAAAAUGACCGAGGCACGUCAAUCAGGCAAUGCUAUAGAUUCUGCCCGUUAUGCCCAAGAAAUGAUGAUUUUUAUGAAGGAAAAAGAAUUAAACCCAUUGAAAAACUUGAUUGUACCAUUAGCUCAGGCACCUCUGUUUAUUUCGUUCUUUAUGAGUUUGCGUGAGAUGGCCAAUACACCUGUUGAGUCCAUGAGAGAUGGUGGGUUAUUUUGGUUUACCGACUUGACUAUAGCCGAUCCUACCUUUAUGUUGCCCAUCAUAACCAGUGCUACUCUAUUUUUAACUGUGGAAAUUGGUACAGAUAGUGCUAGGUUGACUGCUCAAAAUAUGGGCAUGAUGAAAUAUGUUUUAAGAGCUUUGCCCAUUGCAAUUUUCCCCUUUACUAUGAAUUUCCCGGCGGCUAUUUUGACAUACUGGGCUUGCAGUAACUUUAUAUCUUUGGGCCAAGUUGCUAUAUUGAAAAUUCCUGCCGUACGUGAAUACUUCAAAAUCGAUAAAAUGGUCAUACAUAAAGCUGAAAACUUGCCGGUCAAAAAGAAGAAAUUUGUGGAAGGCAUGAAAGAUUCCUGGCAAAACAUGAAAAUCACCAAAGAAUUGGAGGAACGCCAGCGUUUAGACGAAAUACGCUUUGCCAAGGCAGGCAAAGGACCUUUAGUAAAAACCUAUAAAUAUGAUCCCACAAAACCUCGGCCGUCAGCUAAUAUACAAGCCAAAAAGAGUAGUUAAGUUUAAAACCGAAAAAAAUCUAUUACCCUUACACAAAAUAAGUUGUUUUUAUUAUAAUAAAACGAAAGAAAAAAAAUCGA